AUGGAUCCUACUGAGAACAGCCAGAGCUUCAACCUUCCAGGCAGCCCUCAGGCCCAAAGGGAGGCAAGGGGCCUGGAGAGUGCUCAGGUCCCCACAGCUGAGGCUAGGGAGGCAGAGGCCACUGCCACCACCUCAGGGGAUAUGUCUGCUGGAGGAAUGCUCAGCUCUCCCCAGAGUGCUCAUAGUGCCUCUUCUCCUCCCACUGUCAUGGGAGGGGCAUCAUCUGCUGAGGCCUCUGGAAACCAAGAGGGGGAGGUGGCUGAGCCAGAGUUUCCCCCACAGGCUGUAUUAAAUGGAAGGAUAGUUGCUUUGGUGAGAUUCCUGCUCACCAAGUUUCGAAGGAUGGAGAUAGUCACCAAGUCAGAAAUGACACAGAGGGCCAUGAGAGAUUAUGAGGAGUACUAUCCUGUGAUCUUUAGUAAGGCCUCUGAGUGCAUGAAGCUGAUCUUUGGUAUUGACAUGAUGGAAGUGGACCCAUUUGUUCACUCCUAUUUCCUUUUCCCUGCCCUGGGGAUCACCUAUGAUGGGUUAAUGCAUGGGGUUCUAGGUGUACCCAAGACAGGGCUGGUUAUAAUUGUACUGUGCAUCAUAUUCAUAGAGGACAAUUGUGUCAGUGAGGAGGUGUUCUGGAAUGUGUUGAAUAGCCUAGGGCUAUAUGCUGAUAUGGAUCAUUUCAUAUUUGGGGAGCCCAAGAGUCUCAUCACUGAAGAUUUUGUGCAGGAAGGGUAUGUGGAAUACAGGCAGGUGCCCAACAGCCGUCCUCCUCGCUAUGAGUUCCUGUGGGGCCCAAGGGCCUAUGCUGAAACCACCAAGAUGAAGGUCUUGGAAUUUUAUGCCAGCAUUGUUAAGCAGGAUCCUAGAUCCUACCCUGAAAAGUACGAAGAGGCUUUGAGGGAGGAGCAAGAGCGGGCCUAG